AGCUCGCUAGAAUUCACUCCAAAUCCUCCCCAGCUUCCCCACCGGCUCCCAACAAGCACCGAUGGCUCGCACGAAGCAGACGGCGCGCAAGUCGACCGGAGGCAAGGCCCCCCGCAAGCAGCUGGCGACCAAGGCGGCGCGCAAGUCGGCGCCGGCCACGGGCGGCGUGAAGAAGCCACACCGCUUCCGCCCCGGCACCGUCGCGCUCAGGGAGAUCCGCAAGUACCAGAAGAGCACGGAGCUGCUGAUCCGCAAGCUCCCCUUCCAGCGCCUCGUCCGGGAGAUCGCGCAGGACUUCAAGACCGACCUCCGCUUCCAGUCGUCCGCCGUCGCCGCGCUGCAGGAGGCCGCCGAGGCGUACCUGGUGGGGCUCUUUGAGGACACCAAUCUCUGCGCCAUCCACGCCAAGCGCGUUACCAUCAUGCCCAAGGACAUCCAGCUCGCGCGCCGCAUCAGGGGCGAGAGGGCCUGACCGAGCUCCCGUCGUCAUCUCCAUCGCCAUCGUUUCCUUCUACUCCGAGUGUCGGCUUCUAGGAUCUAUGCUUCUCUUGGGUUCCUUGUGGUGGCAUGUUAGUAUCAGUAUGGUUGUUCGUGGUGCUAGGAGAAUUUCAGUCGCUGGGUAACCUGCUUGUUUAUCUUGCAAUGCUGUAAUGGUGGUUUCUUAUCUUAAUGGAAAUGAAACUUGACUUGGAAA